AUGGCCCUCCCAGAGGAAACGCUGAAACUAUCCCCGAUCGCAAGCGACCAGAGGAGCUCAGCGCCCUGCUUUUCUGAUGCCAAUUACAGACGCGAGGAUCACGCGCAGACCGUUGCCGGCAGAGCCAAACACCAGAAAAGCGAAACAUCAUGGGUGUGGGGGCCACCGCCUGCGACCCUGGUCCUAUCACGGCCUCACCCGUCGUUCUUACAGGUUCCGGGGCAUGUUGCCCCUGGAGGGAACAACGUUCACAGGGUGACAGGGACCAGCCAGACCGUCCCCCGGUUUUUGUGA